UAUAUGUGCAUCCAGACCACGGGCGUUCCUCCAUAUGUCCAUCUCUGAUCACUAUGCAGCUUUGGUAGAUGCUUCUCUUCUCCUGUGGUAGUCGUCUAGCUCGUCACUAUUUGAAACUGGCCGGCGUUGUUAAAAAGAAGAACCAGGUAGUACGAUAGCAUACAUGGACAUGGAUAGCGGCAGCUGGCUCCAUGGCUAUGCCACCACCAACGCCAGCGGCAACAACGGCUUCAUGUGCGGCUACGCUGCCGGCAGCAGCUGCAGCCCUGCAGAGCAGCAGCAGUGCAUGGAGGACGAGCAGCAGCAGUUUCUCGUCAGCUCGCAGAUUCAGCACCACCUCAACCAGAUCAGCAUGCGCAUGAACAUGGACGACGAAGCAGCAGUCGUCUACCACAUGUCUUCCAACGGCGGUGCCACCGCCAUCGACAUGCACGACCCUAUCGUGGACGGCCUCCUCGACGACCCGCACCACGGCGCCGGCGGCCGCGCCUGCAGCAGCUUCCCUUCGUCGUCGUCGUGCUCCUCGCUCUCGCUGCCUGCUGCCUCUGCAUCCCUCUCCUGCAGCCCCGACGACCCCGACAGCUCCUCGGCGCAUCAUAUCCUCGCCGCGCCGGCCGCGGGCGGCGGCAACCAGCAGUACCCGGAGGUCUCCUCACACGUGCCGUUAUUACCACCACCACCACCACCACCCGUCGUGCCAUCUUACGACCACCACCACCAGUACACCGACCUUCACGCGCCGGCGCCGGCCAAACCCACCGGUGCGUUCAAGCACUACGCGCGGCACCUUGGGCCGAAGAGGCCGCCUAAGCCCGGCGCGUGCGGGCAGCGGAUGUUCAAGACGGCCAUGUCGGUGCUGUCCAAGAUGCACGUGGCGGCGAGGUACAGCCAACAGCAGUACUACUACCAGGCGGCCGCUGCCGCUGAGGCGGCGCAGCCGCCGCCGUCGGUGAACCAGCUGCAGCACAUGUUCUCGGAGCGCAAGCGGCGAGAGAAGCUCAACGACAGCUUCCACGCCCUCAAGGCAGCCCUUCCGCCCGGCGCCAAAAAGGACAAGACGUCGAUACUGAUCAGGGCAAGGGACUACGUGAGGUCACUGGAGGCCAAGGUGGCCGAGCUGGAGGAGAAGAACAAGUCGCUCGAGUCGCGGCUGACCCGCCGCACGGACGGCAGCAGUGACGACGACGACAACGGCUCCGGCGAGACGACGAAGGUGGAGGUCGAGAUAACCAGGACGGCGAACGAAGAACUCUGCACGGUGAAGAUAGAGGUGAGAUCGCCGCCGGCGGCGGCGGCGUCGCCGUGCAAUAGGACUGACGUGGUGGUCAGGACGCUCCAGUGCCUGAAAGAGCAGAUCGGAGAUGGCGUCAGCCUGGUGGCAAUGAGCACCAGCGGCGGCGCUGAGCCGGCGGCUACCGGAGUGAAGAACGCCUUUCCACGAGCUGUCCUGACGAUGCAGAUCAAGUCGCCAGGAACCGACUGGGAGGAGCAGCCGGUCAAGGACGCCGUGGCCAAGGUCGUCGCCGACGCGCUGACGACGACGACGACGCCGCCACUGCCACCCGCGGCGGCCACCACCGUACCGCCAGCUGCUUCGCCGGGGCUUCUCAUCAACGACUCGUCAUCAGCUAAUAAUUCAUUAACAAUCCGGCCGGCCAUAAUGAAAUAGGGGGCGUUGCCCUUUUGGUCAAAAAAAAAAACAAUCCGGCCGGCCGGCGGCCAGCACACGCCGCUCGUGCGCGCGUGCAGCGCCGUGAGAUGACUCGCACGCGCCGGCACUAACGACCGAGACUGGACGCCACGCACGCCCGCCCGCCCGUGCAUGGAUCCUGCUGACACCUGCCAACAACCCACCACCGCCAUUGCUAGCAGGCUCACAGGUCAAUGGCCGCGCGCGAGCGAAUGGAACGGACACACACGGGCACCAUUGCGUGGCAGCAGAAGCAUGUUAAUCAAUCCGGACUUCUCUGAGUGUAUAUUAAUAUUUAGAGUCGUCUUAGAAGGGCGUGUGAGUGUGACUGUAUAUGUGUAAUCUAUCAGUCUCGCCAUGCAUGAAUGUAGCUUAAUCAAUGAGUUGUCUCUCUCCCUCCCUCUUCUAGUUCAGAAUGUUAGAAAACGAAGGGACUAAAGCAAAUGAUGCGUAUACUUUUUAUUCGAUGGUGGUGUGUAUUUAUA